AUGUUUCGCGACCACGAAUUUCCUUUGUCUUCCGGUGCUUUCUCCAUCUUAACAUCCGAGUCUGCCGUUCUUAAUGACGAUUUCGACGAUGUCUUUGGUUCUGAACCAGGUUCUCCAGCUUUUGACGUCAGAGAUGGCCACGAUGGGGACACGUUUGGAGGCGGGAAUACAGAAAUUUCAGAUAUACCAAGAUUAAAGGAAAAACACGAAACAGAAGGAUAUAGAGACGGUGUAACCAAAGGAAAGGCUGAAAGUGUUCAAAAAGGAUUUGACGAGGGCUAUGGACUGGGUGCUGUAUUGGGUUUGAGAAUAGGAAAAGUUAUAGGAAUACUUGAAGGAAUUUUUGGAGCAGUUUCCGUGUCUGCCGCCAAAUCCGAAGAUACAAAAUGGACGGAUGAGAGAUCCCGGUUAGAAGAAUUGUUUAAGAGUGCAAAGGAGGAAUUAAAGACGGAAAAGGUGUUUGCGAGGGAGUGGUGGGGUGAGGAUGGCAUAUGGAAAUUUGAAGUCCCAGGGGAAAAGGAAGGAAAAGAUGUUGUAUUUCCCGACGUUGCAGCAGCACACCCUUUGCUCAAGAAAUGGGAAGGACUCGUGGAAGAGGAGAUACAAAGGUGGUCGUUAGAUUUGGAAUUCAUGGAGGGAAAUGAAGAGGAAGCUGUGCCAGCGAAACAGCAAAUUAAAGCUGACGCCGUGGAACAAAAGAUGGGUACAGUGAAAACAGAUUUGAACUGGUGA